AUGUUGGCCUCAAAAUUGACAGCUUACUUUAGGAAAAAGUGUAUCAGAAUCACAGAUCAGAGAGUGAGAGCUAUGAAUGAAAUUUUAACCAGCAUUCGCUUUAUUAAGAUGUAUGCAUGGGAAAACACUUUCAUGCGUAAUAUUCAAGCUAUCAGAAAUGCAGAGAAAUCCUUUUUGGAGAAGGCAGGGUAUGUGCAGAGUGUCACCACAGGAAUAGCGCCAGUGUGGUUGUGGUUGCUAGUGUAUGCACAUUUAUAUUACACAUGGCCCUUGGAUAUGAUCUGACAGCACCACAGGCAUUCACUGUCGUAACUGUAUUCAACUCAAUGACCUCCGCACUCAAAAUGAUUCCAAUAGCUGUAAGAGCUGCUUCUGAAGCUUCCAUUUCAAUCUCCAGAUUUCAGAAGCUGCUCCUGACGGAGGAAAGAGCAAUGAACAGCAGUGAAAAUAUAAACUCAGACUUCAUUAUUGAGUACCAGGGUGCUUACCUGGCAUGGAAUUCAGGAAUUCUGAUCUCAAUGGAGAAGUAUGAGGACCAGCAAAAGUACGCAUCAAAGGAUAAUGCUAGGGAGAAGAAAAAAAAUUGAACAGUGUAGAACACCGUGUCUCCAGAAGGAUCCAUGUUUGGCAAAUGGAAAUCAUAAACCAAAGCCAGACCCCAAUAAUUUCAAUUUAUCUAUAAUGGCGGGUUUACCUGUGCUUCAAAAUAUCAAUUUCACCUUACAGAGAGGUAAACUUGUUGGUGUUUGCGGAAGUGUUGGCUGCGGUAAAAGUUCCUUAAUAUUAUCCAUACUAGGUCAGAUGACAUUACUGGAGGAACAGUGUCAGUGAAUGGCAGCAUCUCCUAUGCAGCCCAGCAAGCCUGGAUAUUUAAUGCAUCCCUGAGAGAGAAUAUAUUGUUUGGGGAAGACUACGAAGAAGAAAAGUACAAAAAAGCUUUGGAAGCUUGUUGUCUCUACCCUGACAUUGAAUCUCUACCCACUGGAGACUUGACUGAGAUAGGGGAACGCGGUGUUAACCUGAGUGGCGGACAGCGACAACGGAUCAGCUUGGCACGAUGCCUUUAUAGUUCAAGCAGCCUCGUUCUUCUAGAUGAUCCUCUCAGCGCUGUAGAUGUGUACGUGGGAGGAGAGUUAUUUAACAAAGCGAUUAAGAAUGGAAUGCAGAACAGGAGUGUCUUAUUGGUCACGCAUCAGUUGCAGUACCUGACUGAGUGCAAUGAGAUUUUAUUCAUGAAAGAUGGAUAUAUUUCAGAGCAAGGAACUCAUGAAGACCUAAUGAAACUCAAGGGUGAUUAUGCUGUUUUAUUUGACAGUAUGCAGCAAUCAAAUGUCAUUAAGAGCAAUGAGCAUUGUUCCACAGAAAAGCAGGACAACAAUAUGCAAAGAAAUACAGAUACAGAUUUGAGGAAUAACGUGGAGGCCAUAGACCAUGCAGAAAUGAGACUUCUGAAGGUGGAUGCAUUUGGGAAUGAACUCUACAGAAGAGAUGAAGGAUUAAAACUACAUAAUACUGUGAUCACAGUAGAGGGGGCAGGCACUAAGUCUUUUGACUGCUCAGGUCCUGAGAGGUCUUCAGGUCUUCUCAAAGGAGAUAAAAAUGUUGACCAAAAUGAUGAUGACGCAAAAUUACCUUUAAAAGAAAAAGAAUUAACUGACCGACAUAACAAUGAAGAGGAGAACCAGGGCCUUAUGCAGGCGGAAGAAAAAGGUGAUGGUUCUGUGUCUUGGGCAGUUUAUGGAGUGUACAUCACGGCAGCUGGAGGAGUGUUGGUAGUCACCAUCAAUGCCAUUCUCUUUGUAUUAACCACAGGAAGUGCAGCAUUCAGUAACUGGUGGCUGAGUUAUUGGAUUAAACAAGGCAGUGGGAAUAUUACAGUUGCAACACACAAUAUAACGUUGUCCAGGGGCAACAUGAAGGACAACCCUGACCUGUACUUCUAUAUUCACAUCUAUGCUCUGUCUAUGGUGGCUGUUCUCCUGCUGAGAUUUCUCCGAGGAUAUGUCUUUGUAAAGAGUUCACUGAAAGCUUCAACAAAACUCCAUGACCUUUUGUUUCAAAAAGUCCUCUGUAGCCCUGUGAAGCUGUUUGAUACAACUCCCCUUGGUCGUAUCCUAAACCGUUUCACCAAGGAUGUGGAUGAAGUUGACGUGCGACUUCCAAACCAAAUGGAACAGCUUAUUCAGAAUAUGAUCCUUGUUUUCUUCUGCCUUGGUGUAAUCAGCUCAGUAUUUCCAUUCUUUCUCUUAUCUGUGGUACCUUUAAGUGUGAUCUUCUAUUUGGUGAACCGUGCUUCAAGAGUGCUGAUUCGUGAACUUAAACGUUUGGAUAAUAUAAGCCAGUCUCCAUUUAUAUCUCAUAUUACAUCAACACUACAAGGAAUAACAACCAUCCAAGCCUUCAGUAAAUCAAGUGACUGCAUUCUUAAGUAUCAGAAACUACUGGAUGUGAACCAAUCUCCAUACUUUCUCUUUAGCUGUGCUAUGCGAUGGCUAGCAGUACGCCUG